AUGAAGCAUCAUCACGCCGGAAAUGGGCGCUUGGACGAGGCAGCAAUGUGUCUUGAGCAGCUCCGUGAGCAGCUUAACCACAUGCGAGCAAACGACCACCAAGCAGGUGUUUCUGUCCAAAAUUUUCCACAACACAGCGCACCCAUAAUUGAAGAUAGUGCUUUGGUGGACCCAUUGGUGCGGCCGUCAGCGUGGGACACCGAGCGGCGGGCGCAGCAGGUGGAGUGCAAAUCUAGCGAGCAUAUUCUGCGGCAGCUUGAGGCACGAUUGCGGCGUCACCAGGAGAGUGGCGUCAAGAAGCGUGGGGAAUUGGCCUACGCAGUGGGGAAAGCUCACAGCGAUAUGGAACAGUUGCAGUAUUACACCAGGCGGUGCCAGCUAGACAUGCAGGGCCGCCUGCAAACCUUGCAACAGUUACUGAUAGAUAUGACUAGCCGCGCUGAAGGUGAACUUCGCCGCCCAGCUAUAGUUGUUAAGGGGACGGCUAGUUACAUGGAGGAUGAGAUUGAAUCCUCUGCAUGCAGAAGUAGAGACAACGGUAGCGAGGAAGACGCACGCAUGAUGUCAAGACUGAAAGAAAUACAGAGUAAACUAGACUGUGUCCGCCGCAAUAUCCAACAUGGAACUUCAGAAAUAACAAAGUUUUCUGCAACUUCCUGCUCUUCUUCGCUUGGUUGGAGUUGUAGUGGUGAUGGUUGUGGUGUUGCUUCUGUCCGGGGUCUCCAAUCCGAGUCGCAAGUAGAGCGUGCUCGCGCAGAUGCACAGCUGACUGCGCUGAAAGAAAUGUUCGUGAAUUUUGUUCAAAAAAGUCUAGAUGAGUUGGAGCAGCUGCGAAGCGAGCGAGUAGAGGCGGAAGAGCAGUGCAACCUCUUUCUUAACGGAGGAAGACCUUUUAUCGAAUAG